AUGACCAAAUACGGCGAACGCCUGCUAAAAUCCCAAGGCUGGCGCGGCAAAGGCCACACCCUUCACCCAACCGACAACGCCAUCGGCCUGUCCAACCCCUUGCGCAUCUCCCGCAACACCGACGGGCGGGGGAUAGGCGGUUCGACGCACUACACGUCAGACCAAUGGUGGCUAGCGGCCUUUGACGAGAAGCUUAAAGGGCUGGAUACCUCCAAAACGGGGCAGAUGACGCAGACCACUACGCAAUCGAAGCUGGAUGCGGUUACGGCGAAUAUUGGUGGCGGGAAAUAUACGGGUGCGGGGGGGCUUUAUGCGAGUUUUGUUAGGGGGGAGGGACUUGCUGGGACUGUUUCUGAUGACAGUGAACAGAGUGGGAGGAGUACGCCUACUGAUAGGGAGGAUGUUGCGGGUUUGAAGGGGGGCGUGAGCAGGAGGAAGGAAGAGAAGAGGAGGGAGAAGGAGGAAAAGAAGAGGAGGAAGGCGAUGGAGAAGAUGAAAAAGAAGGAGGAGAAGAAGGCCGCGAAGAAGGCAGCAAGGAAGGAGGAGAAGGAGGAGGAGAAGAAGAGGAGGAAAGACGGAGGCGAAACGAAGGAGACGAAGGAGACGAAGGAGGAGAGGAAAGCGAGGAAGAUGGAGAGGAGGGCGAAGAAGGAGGAGAAGAGGAGGAGGGCGCAGGAGAAGGAGAAGAAGGAGACGAAGGGUUGA